AUGUCAGAAACAGGGUCUGAUUUUGAUAACUUACCUUCAAAGGCCAAUUAUUAUAAUAAAUUCGAAAACAGCCAGGAAGUCUGUACAGGUAAAUGCGAAACAGAAAUAGUGAAGUAUUCAUUGACAACGAGAGGUCUUGAAAAGCAUGAGGGCCAAAUUAAAAACGCACUGGCUUAUCUACACAAAAUAUACGGAGAUGGUAAAACACCAUCCAAAAGUGAAGCGUGCCAUUUCCUGUACUAUUGGAUAGGGGAAAAAUUAUUUGGGAGUACUGCUCAAAGUCCCCUUACCAAAACCUACGUGUAUUCUAUUUGUGGACAUAUAAAUAAUUAUUGUACGGAGGAAGGAAAUAAUAGUUUAGUAUGUGGUCUUCCUUGCAAUGGACAAUCCGACAUUAACCAGGAGACUUUCAAUGACAUGAAAAAAGUGUUCGAUUUCUGGUAUGACUAUGGUGCUAUACGAACUCUAUUAGAGUAUAGUGGGUCUGAGGGUAUUGAAAAAUGUAAAAGUUACUGGCAAAACGUUAAAGCAGCACAUAAUAAGGUGGUAGAACAUUGUGGGAGCCAUACUGAUCAUGAUUACUGUAAGAACUUUUGGAAACCACGUGAGGACCAAAUUCAACAGCAACUAACAGAAUUCCAAUCUGAAUUAGCAUCUGCACAAGACAGAAAAAAACGCGAAGCACAGUUAGCAUCCUUAGCAAAAGAAGAAGCUGUUCGUUCUGCUACCACCACUUCUUCCAUCUCUUCCAUCAUCGGCACCUUAGCAGCGACGGCUUUUCCCUUCCUCUUAUAUAAAUAUAAACUUCUACCCUCUUGGUUUGGUAACAAUUCUAAUGGAAGAAGCAGAAAGAAAAGGUCUACCGCACGAAACCGUGAUACGUUGACAGAAGACAGCUCAACGUUCGACUCAACGGACACUUCCACAAUAGGUCCAACGGAUCUAGCCGAAAAUUCCACAGUGCGCUCUGGCGUGUACACUACACCGUCCACAAGACAGUCUACCAUGAAUCGAGAAACAAAUAAUGCACCAGCUCGUCAGAAUAUAGGUUACCAAAAUAUUUAA